GGCCUUUUGCAAACUGCGCUUUCCAUCGGGAUGCACUGCGACGAAUCCUUCUAUAACUGUUAACAUGCCAACACCGUUUCUUGCUAUCUGAUUGUCGAACCCUUUCUUACAUCUUCCAUGGCAACAGUUAAUGUUGUGCUGAAUGUCGGGUAAUGGCGUUUGAUCACGAACACCCUGCUUUCGUUUCUACCAGAUCCCUCGACACUCGGUUUUCUUCGACCAACAAACCUGUACCAUUCGGCCACAUUUCGAAAUGGCUUCGGUAACCUUAGACGCAUCUUUGGUCGAGCUCGCCAAUUCCCUGCUUUUGGAAAAAGUGCCAGAGAAACUUCACUGCGCUGCCUGUCACAAUUUCAACAUAAACGCUUACAAAGCAUCAUGUUGUGACGAGUCCAUCUGCGAGUCAUGUUUCAUUCGGGCUUGCGACACCAGCUGUCCAAAAUGCGAUCAUAAACCCUUCACUACCGACACCUGUAAACCACAUAGACCGAUGCGGAACACGGUCAAGUCCUGGUUGAAAACGCAGGAGAAGAUCAAAUCAGACGAGCAAGCCAAGGCCGUUACAACAGAUGAAGUUCCUCCCACAGAUAUGGUACAGGAGAGCGUGAAUGGGGAAGGUCAAGAGGAAGAAACGACAGCUGAAGCCAACAUUGAGCAAGCCGUGGAUGAAGACGAAAGGAUCACUGCUGGUGAUGUACAGCCUUCAAUAGAGGACCACGACAUUGAAGAAGCAGCCGAACAUCUGGACGAUGACAUCGAAAUCCACGUCGAUCUAGAUGAUGACCAUCGAGAAAUACCCCUACAGCCAGUAAAGAGUGGUGAAGUCACUCCCAUUGAUCAAUCCGCUCCUCCCUCUGGACCAAAAGCGCAAGCACGCGACCAGUCCAGCUCGGCCUUCGGCGGCAUGGGCGGCAUGGACUUUUCGCACACGACGAAUGGAUUCAACAACAUGGACAUGAAUCAAAUGAUGCAGAUGAUGGCGGCCAACGGAAUGGGUGGUUUCAAUCCAAUGAUGGGAAUGCCUAUGGGUGUGAAUUCAAUGUCAACCGGCAUGUUUGGCGGGUUUGGGGUUUCAAAUGGUGGCAUGACUGGAAUGAAUGCUAUGAACAUGGGAAUGAAUUUCAAUCCAAACCAAGGCAUGCUCUGGAAUAACCAAAACAGUAUGUGGCAGAAUAAUAAUGCAAAUGCAUUCCCGAAUGCCAUGGGCGGUGACUUUGGUUCCAACUAUGGUUUCAAUACUGGCAACUUCCAACAAGCAAACUCCAAUGGUGAUUUCCAAAGUGGUUACUAUGGUCGUGGUUACGGCCGUGGCCGUGGCCGCGGCCGCGGUGGUUAUGGUAGAGGUCGUGGUAAUUUCCAGCAACAUUCUCAAUAUCACCAGCAGGGAUACUACAACGGACCGGAACAGCAGAAUUUGCGACCUCAAACGGGCGAAGGUCGUCCCAACGGCACGAUGAGCGAACAGAAAGCGUUCAGCGUGACCGAGGACACGACACACGACGAUGACGAAUUCGCGCCUGGUGGUCAAGAAGAGGUCCAAGAAGCGCUUGGGGAUGACUAUCAGAAGACUGUAGUCGAGGACAAGAAAGCUGCGGAUGAGGCUGCAGCCACGGCUGACAACGUCUCGGUAGGCAAUGAGCCUGACGAGAAGAACGAAGACGGGGACGAAGCUCAAGUUGAGAAAUUCGCACAGAUUGAGUCGAUUGUGCUGACGACCGAGACUGAUCGAGACUUGAAUGGUGUUGACCAGGCCAGGCAGGUGCCCGAAGCAUACGGUGAAGAUCUCAACGGGCCCAUGCCGCCGCCGUCUGCACCAUUAGGCCCAUCGGCGCAAUAUGGCGGUCGAGGCCAUGGUAGAUUUUCAUCCCGUGGACGUGGAUCAAUUUCCAUGCCGAACGGUCAUCUCGCUUCAUCUGUAAAGCCAUUCACACCACCUGUUGAGCCAAAAGGGGUGGGUGUUGUAGGUGCGCCAACUGGUCCUAGAGCGAUGCGUGAGCCUCCUGCGGCCCCGGCACCUCCUUCAAGACCAGAAUCCCGCGCCUCGGGGACUGGCUUCCAGAUUAUGGGCAGAGCGUCGAUGACACAAGCUCGGCGAUCAGAAUCCCGUGACGGUGAGACCGUCCCAAAUCGAGACGCAGACGUUGCAGAUGGUGAUCGGUCGAGGAGACAGUCGAGACAAGACAGCUAUGCCAACUCCAGGCAGGAAAAUGACGAGCAAGAAUACUACGAUGCUCGCGACAACGACAAAAGAUAUCGGAAAACAAAACGCACAACAUACGACGAAUAUGAUGGAGACGAGCAAGAACCCUCGCGAUCUGACUCGGCUGACCGAAAAGCAUCGCAUCGAAGUCGAGGCGACAAAGACAAGUCGUCGAAAUAUAGAUCGUCGCGAUCCAAGCGUUAUGAAGAAGCGGAUGCCAAUGGCGACCACGAAAUGGAAGAUCAUGAUGACUCGACUCGAUCGGCUCGAGAUGAUUAUUAUGCUGAAAGCAGGAGCAAGCAUCGAAGCAGCAAGUCAUCAAAACAUGAUGACCGGGAGCGGGAGCGGGACCGAGACCGAGACCGACGCGACAAAGAUCGAGACCGGGACGACAAGUCUCGUGAUCGAGACAGAGACAAGGAUCGCGACCGCAAACGUUCCCGCCACGAUCGCCAUCGCGACGAGGGCAAGGACUACAACUACGAUUAUGAUUACGAGCACGAAGACCCGGAGCAAGAAUCCCGUCACCGCUCAAGACGACACAAGAAAGAUCAUCGUCGCGACACAGAGGAUGGUAGUGCAGCGGCUUCCAACACGAACGAGCGGACGUCACAUCGACCGAGCGCGUCCACAACGCCGGCGGCCACAGCGCGAGCCAGCAACGCGGAGGCGGAGAAAGACCCGCAUACGCUCGAGCGCGAGGCGAGGAAUCGCGAACGAAUGCUCAAGGAGCAGCAGCGGCGAGAGAACGCUGCCAAGGGCGGCGGAUCAGCGAGGCGGGUCACGUACAAGUAUGAAGAUGAGUUGGAGAGAGGAUUGGUGGAGGGCGAGAGGGCAAGUGCGAGAUGGAGAUAGCGCUUGCAUCGUCGUACUAUGUCUCCUCCUUGGGAUUCGGCGCUGCGUUACAGUCACCGUUGCUGAUUCUACGGUGGUCUCGUAUUCUGCGCAGUUUGCUGUACUGGAAUGGAUGGGUCGGAUGACUUUUUGGCUUGUGAUGUUGAUACCGAUUCCAUCAUUGCUGGGAAAGUUGGCGUUUGCUCUACUUGCAAAACCUUGAAGGACUGGAAGCGAAAUCGCAUUUGCCUGUACUUGACUUGGUCCUUGCUUGAGCGAUGCUGAGAAUUGUACUGAAGAAACGACUUGUUUUCAUUACCUAGGUGCUGGAGAAAGACUACCUACUUAAAGGGACAACGAGGGAACUGGACUGAAAAGGGAAAAGGGAAAAGGGAAAAGAGAAAAGAGAAAAAGAACUGUUACUGAACGAGCUCGGUGGAAAAGUAGAAUUGUGACGUCGUUGGGAGGAGCACGGAGUGUCUUGAUUGUCGUCGCCGCUCGAGACCAGCAGCUGCGAGAGGUUCUUGUUCAAAUAUAUCUCUAAUCAC